GCCCUCUACAGAGACGUCAUGCAGGAGAACUAUGAGAAUGUGACCUCGCUGGCAGGUGAAACAAUGAUAUGUGAGAAAGAGAAGCAGAAUUCUCAUCAGGAAAAUCUUGAGCAAGUGGAUAAACCCAGAGCAUUAUCACAAAGAUUGGAAAGGAAUGUGUCGAGCAGUCAUGAGCAGGGACAAUCGUGUGAGAUUCAGCACAGACCAGAAAGAGAGCAGGGAAACCAGCCAGGGGAGAAAGUGGGUAAAUGUAUUUCAUGUCGAGGAACUCAGAAAGACCUCAAGGAAACCACAACCCCUCAGGAAAUCCUCAUGGGAAAGAGAAAAAAUACAUGCACUGAGUGUGGAAAAAACGUAUGUGACUAUUCAGCCCUUAUAAAGCAUCAGCAACUCCACACAGGAGAGCGGCCCUAUGAAUGCAGUGAGUGUGGGAAAAACUUCACUCGCAGAUCACACCUCAUUAAUCAUCAGAGAAUCCACACAGGGGAGCGACCCUAUAAAUGCAGUGAGUGUGGGAAAACCUUCAAUCGCAGCUCACACCUUACUAAUCAUCAGAAAAUCCACAUAGGGGAGAGACCCUAUGAAUGCAGUGAGUGUGGGAAAAGCUUCACUCAGAGAUCACACCUUACUCGGCAUCAGACAAUCCACACAGGGGAGAGGCCCUAUGAAUGCAGUGAGUGUGGGAAAAGCUUCAAUCACAGCUCUGCCCUUUCUGAACAUCAGAGAAUCCACACAGGGGAGAAGGCCUAUGAAUGCCGUGAGUGUGGGAAAAACUUUACUCAAAGAUCAGGCCUUUUUCUCCAUCAGAGAAUCCACACAGGGGAGAGACCCUAUGAAUGCUGUGAGUGUGGGAAAACCUUCAGUCACAGUUCACACCUUAGGAAUCAUCAGACACUCCACACAGGGGAGAGGCCCUAUGAAUGUCGUGAGUGUGGGAAAAGCUUCACUAGCAGCUCAGCCCUUUCUGAACAUCUGAGAAUCCACACAGGGGAGCGGCCCUAUGAAUGCCAUGAGUGUGGGGAAAGUUUCAUGGUCAGCUCAGCCCUUUCUGAACAUCAGAGAAUCCACACAGGGGAGAAGCCCUAUGAAUGCAGUGAGUGUGGGAAAACCUUCAGUCGCAGCUUGUGCCUUUUUCAACAUCAGAGAAUCCACACAGGUGAGAGGCCUUAUAAAUGCAUUGAGUGUGGGAAACGCUUCACUACCAGCUCAGCCCUUUCUCAACAUCAGAGAAUCCACACAGGGGAGAGGCCCUAUAAAUGUAUUGAGUGUGGGAAAACCUUCACUACCAGCUCAGACCUUUCUAAACACCAGAGAAUCCACACAGGGGAGAGGCCCUAUGAAUGCCGUGAGUGUGGGAAAAGCUUCAAUCAGAGAUCAACCCUUAUUAAGCAUCAGAGAAUCCACACAGGAGAGAGGCCGUAUGAAUGCCUUGAGUGUGGGAAAACCUUCAAUAGCAGCUCAAGCCUUCUUAGGCAUCAGAGAAUCCACACAAGAGAGAGGCCUUAUGAAUGCAGUGAGUGUGGGAAACGCUUCACUACAGACUCAGCCCUUUUUCAACACCAGAGUAACCACACAGGCAAGAGGACCUAUAAAUGCAGUGAGUGUGGGAAAACCUUCACUACCAGCUUAGCCCUUUCUGAACAUCAGAGAAUCCACACAGGAGAGAGAGAGAAUAGAUGCAGUGAGUGUGGGAAAAACUUCAAUUACCGCUCAGCCCUUAUUCGACAUGAGGUAAUCCACACGAAAGAGAGACCCUACGAAUGCUGUGAGUGUGGGAAAAGCUUCAAUCGUACGUCCGUACUUAUUAGACAUCAGCGAAUACACAGAGGAGACAAACCCUAUGAAUGCAGUGAGUGCGGGAAAAGUUUCACUCAGAGAUAUGCCCUUAUCUCUCAUCAGAGAAUCCAUACAGGAGAGCGACCCUACAAAUGCUGCAAGUGCGGGAAAAGCUUCACUCAGAGAUCAGCCCUUAUCUCUCAUCAGACAACGCACACGGGAGAGCGACCCUACGAAUGCUGCGAGUGUGGGAAAAGCUUCGCUCAGAGCUCAAACCUUACUAUACAUCAGAGAAUCCACACAGGAGAGCGACCCUAUGAAUGCAGUGAGUGUGGGAAAAGUUUCACUCACCUCUCCUCCCUUAUCUCUCAUCAGAGAGUCCACACAGGAGAGAGACCCUAUGAAUGUUGCGAGUGUGGGAAAAGCUUCUCUCGGAGCUCAAACCUUACUACUCAUCAGAGGAUCCACACAGGAGAGAGACCCUAUGAAUGCAAUGAGUGCAGGAAAAGUUUCACUGACAUCUCCUCCCUUAUCUCUCACCAGAGAGUCCACACAGGAGAGCGACCCUACGAAUGCAGUGAGUGCGGAAAAAGCUUCUCUCAGAGCUCAACCCUUAUUAUACAUUACAGAAUCCACACCGGGCAGAGACCCUAUGAAUGUUGCGAGUGUGGGAAAAGCUUCACUCAUAGCUCAGGCCUUUCUAAACAUCAGAGAAUCCGUAAAGGAGAUAAACUUCAUAAAUGCAGAGAGUGUGGGAAAAACUUCACUCGAAGAUCAGCCCUUUCUGUUCAUCAGAGAAUCCACACAGGCGAGAGGCCCUAUGAAUGCAGUGAGUGUGGGAAAUGCUUCACUAGCAGCUCAAACCUUUUUAAACAUGAGAGAAUCCACACAGGGGAGAGGCCCUUUGAAUGCCUUGAGUGUGGAAAAUGCUUCACUAAGAGCUCAGCCCUUUCUGAACAUCAGAGAAUCCACACAAGGGAGAGGCCCUUUGAAUGCUGUGAGUGUGGGAAAAACUUCAGUUCCAGCUCACAUCUUAUUAGGCAUCAGACAGUCCACACAGGGGAGAGGCCCUAUGAAUGCCGUGAGUGUGGGAAAACCUUCAAUCGCAGCUCACAUCUCAUUAGACAUCAGACAGUCCACACAGGCGAGAGGCCCUAUGACUGCAGUGAGUGUGGGAAAACCUUCAGUUGCAGUUCACAUCUUAUUAGGCAUCAGACAGUCCACACAGGGGAGAACCCUUAUGAAUGCAGUGAGUGUGGGAAAACCUUCAAUCGCAGCUCACACCUUAUUAGGCAUCAGACAGUCCAUACAGGGGAGAGGCCUUAUGAAUGCCGUGAGUGUGGGAAAACCUUCAGUUGCAGUUCGCACCUUAUUAGGCAUCAGAAAAUCCACACGGGGGAGAGAACCUAUGAAAGCAGUGAGUGUGGGAAAACCUUAGGGUCCAAAGACAUUUUGUCCAGCUCCACUUCCUAGUUCAGUGUGUCUCAUUACCGUUCCAGUGGAUGCCAGGGUUAGACUGAGAACAACCAUCCUUCACCGUUUGGAUCCAAAGAGGGCGCUUCAUAGGACAUUCCUUCCCCGUGGAUCCCAAACUGGCUGCCUGAGUGGGUAACAAGGACUUCCAGGCUGUAGAAAUGAUGGUAACCAAUGAGGCAACAAAUGUGUCAGGCUCCAAUUUCAGACUUCUGGGUACUCACAUGUUGAGUCCUGAUUCUAAGGUUUCGUGUCUGAUGCUCUGGUUACACAAUUAAGCUGAUGUUGGUGCAGCUGUAGCACUGCUAUUACAGACGCUCUCCGCCAAUGGGAAAAAUCUCUCCCCAAGAACUUUAUUAGUCCAGCCUGCACAAGUGGCGGUGGCUAUGUAGCCAGGCAAAGCUCUCCUGCUGAUGUAGUGUUAUCUCACAGGGGAGGAGGGUUGUGUAACUACAUUUCUCACCAGUGUGUAUUUUUCACACCCCUGAGCAAUAUAGUUAUACUGAUAAAUGUCUUUAGUGUAGACUAGACCGUAGUUUUCUCUUGUUUUAUGUAUUUACAUCACUUCUCCUCUAUCUCCUCCUACUUUGAAAGAUUUAAAAGUGUGACAAGAGAGGUAUUUUUCCUCAUGAUGCAAACAUUCCCCUAUAGGAAACCCCUUCCACCAACACACAUGGCAAAAGAGCCAGAGAGAUAUGAACUCCCAGAAGUGGUUGGGACCCAAGUUGGGACAAACCACAACUUGAGCUAAGGUUCAGUUGUUGGCAAUGGGGAUUACAAUAAAACUAACGUACGAGAAGAAUUUGUGAUCUUUGAAUAUGUUAUUGGUACCAAUGAAAAUGAAAUUAUAGGUGAAGUUAUUUGGUUAAAGAGUAAGAGACUAAUUGUUUGAUAAUCUGAAUUAUUUUGGAAAACGGAAAGUU